AUGGAGGUAAAAUUGGAAUUAUAUUUUCAAGGAGUAAUUCAAAAGUUUUCUCAAGAAUUCAAUGAAUUCAAAGGCAAAAUUACCAAAGAUUUUGACACAGUGAGGCAAGAACUUGCAGCCCUCAAAGAUCUGAGAAAUAAAGUAGACUCCCUCAACUUACUGUUCCCUCCAGUCAGGCACCAGCUCACUGCAGAGAUCCUGGGAGUCGUUUGCAUUGUCCUACUGGCGUCUGUGUUAAAAAUUGUAGCUUUUAGUCUCUAUAGUAAUUCAGGUUUCUCUUCAGUAUAUCCUUGUAGUCAUUGUCCAGAGGAGUGGUUCACAUAUACCAACAAUCGUUAUUACGUUGGUAAGGAACACAAAACUUGGAAUGAGAGUGUGAUGGCCUGUGCUUCUAAGAACUCCACUCUGCUUUACAUAGAUAGUGAAGAAGAAAUGAAAUUUCUGGGCUCCCUGUCACUUUGGUCAUGGGUUGGAGACUUUCGUCAGAGCAACGGUCAUCCAUGGGUGUCAAUAAAUGGCUCAACUUUCAAACUUAACAUAGAGGAAACAGAACUUGGUGAACGUAAUUGUGCUUUCCUACUCAAUAGUCUUCAUUCAGAUGUAUGUGGAUCUUCAAAAAUUUACAUCUGUAAGCACAAGCUUUAG